CCGCUCCGGCCGGAAACUGGCGCUAGUUUCCGGCCGGACGGCCGAAAGCCACCGAUCCUGAACCAGCCGCCCGAGUCGGAGUGGCGACGGGGUGUGGAGCAGGCAAAAAACCACUGGGGGAGGCCAGUCCUGAUCAGUGCCGUCUGGCUCCAGCUCCUGAUCCUCUGCGGAGCAACAGCCGCGGUCGCAGUCUCCGCCACCGCCUCCGCCUCCAUCGUCGUCGGGGGAGGGGCCAGCCGGACCCCGGGGUCACAGCCGAGGAAUGAGGAGAGGCGGCCGGGCCCCGCGCUCCGCCCCGGCCUAGGGCCUUGCCCCGGGAGCCGCGAGGGUGGAGGGCUGAAUUUUGAUCUAUGUCCACCCUACCUCAGCUGCCUGAAAGUACUUAAUGAUCACAUGACCCUGGACAUGGAUGCUGUCUUGUCAGAUUUUGUCCGUUCCACAGGCGCAGAGCCUGGGCUGGCCCGAGAUCUCCUGGAAGGAAAGAAUUGGGACGUGAGUGCUGCCCUCAGUGAUUUUGAACAGCUACGUCAAGUCCAUGCUGGGAACCUGCCCCCACCCUUUAGUGAAGGGAGUGGUGGUUCCAGGACCCCUGAGAAAGGGUUUUCGGAUAGAGAGUCUGCCCGCCCUCCCCGACCCACCCUGCAGCGUCAGGAUGACAUCGUUCAAGAAAAACGCCUGUCUAGGGGCAUCUCCCACGCCAGCUCCAGCAUUGUUUCCCUGGCCCGGUCCCAUGUCUCCUCCAAUGGUGGGGGUGGGGGGAGCAGUGAGCACCCCCUGGAAAUGCCCAUCUGUGCCUUCCAGCUUCCAGAUCUCACUGUGUAUAAUGAAGACUUCCGCAGCUUCAUAGAGAGAGACCUUAUUGAACAGUCCAUGCUGGUUGCCUUGGAACAGGCAGGGCGUUUGAACUGGUGGGUGAGUGUGGACCCUACCUGCCAAAGGCUGCUUCCUUUGGCAACUACUGGGGAUGGAAACUGCCUCCUGCAUGCAGCCUCUCUGGGCAUGUGGGGUUUCCACGAUCGGGACCUGAUGCUGCGGAAAGCUUUGUAUGCACUGAUGGAGAAGGGAGCCGAGAAGGAGGCAUUAAAACGGCGCUGGAGGUGGCAGCAGACACAGCAGAACAAAGAGUCAGGGCUGGUGUACACAGAGGACGAAUGGCAGAAGGAAUGGAAUGAGCUGAUCAAGCUUGCCUCAAGUGAACCCCGCAUGCAUCUAGGUACCAAUGGAGCCAACUGUGGUGGGGUGGAGAGUUCAGAGGAGCCUGUAUAUGAGAGCCUAGAAGAAUUCCACGUCUUUGUCCUUGCCCAUGUGCUUAGGAGGCCCAUAGUCGUCGUGGCCGACACCAUGCUGAGGGACUCUGGAGGGGAAGCUUUCGCUCCUAUUCCCUUUGGGGGAAUCUAUCUGCCCUUGGAGGUCCCAGCGAGCCAGUGUCACCGCUCCCCUCUGGUGCUUGCCUAUGAUCAGGCCCACUUCUCUGCACUUGUGUCCAUGGAACAGAAGGAGAACGCCAAGGACCAAGCUGUGAUCCCACUUACAGAUUCAGAGCAUAAGCUGCUGCCCUUGCACUUUGCUGUGGACCCUGGAAAGGGCUGGGAGUGGGGCAAAGAUGACAAUGACAACGUCCGAUUGGCCAGUGUAAUCCUGUCCCUAGAGGUCAAAUUGCAUCUGCUGCAUGGCUACAUGAAUGUGAAGUGGAUCCCAGUGUCCUCCGACGCACAGGCUCCCCUGGCACAACCUGAGUCCCCCACAGCCUCAGCUGGAGAUGAGCCCCGGUCCACUCCUGAGUCUGGGGACUCAGACAAGGAGUCAGUUGGCAGCAGUUCUACGAGCAAUGAGGGCAGCAAGCGGAAAGAGAAGUCAAAGCGAGGUCGGGAGAAAGACAAGAAGAGAGCAGAUUCUGUGGCCAACAAACUGGGCAGCUUCGGCAAAACCUUGGGCAGCAAGCUCAAGAAGAACAUGGGAGGCCUAAUGCACAGCAAGGGCUCUAAGCCGGGAGGGGUGGGGACGGGGUCAGGGGUGAGCAGCGGCACCGAGACACUGGAGAAGAAGAAGAAGAACUCGCUGAAGAGCUGGAAGGGUGGCAAGGAGGAGGCAGUGGGGGAUGGGGCCGUGUCUGAGAAGCCCACGUCUGAGUCUGUGGGUAACGGAGGGAGCAAGUACAGCCAGGAGGUGAUGCAGAGCUUGAGCAUUAUGAGGAUUGCGAUGCAAGGGGAGGGGAAGUUUAUUUUUGUUGGCACUCUGAAGAUGGGUCACCGUCAUCAGUACCAGGAGGAGAUGAUCCAGCGGUACCUUUCUGAUGCUGAGGAGAGAUUCCUGGCAGAGCAGAAGCAGAAGGAGGUGGAGAGGAAGAUCCUGAAUGGGGGGUUAGGGAGUGGGCCUCCUCCAGCCAAAAAGCCAGAGCCAGAUGGCGGGGAGGAGUUGCUGCCAGCACCCCCAGCAGAAUCCAAGCCAGUGGUGUUCUCUGCUGGCUAUCCUGGGGGCUUUACCAUCCCUCGCCCUGCUGGGGCUGGAGUCCACUGCCAGGAACCCCGGAGGCAGCUGGCAGGAGGUCCUUGUGGCGGGGGCCUACCACCCUAUGCCACCUUCCCCAGACAGUGCCCUCAAGGGCAACCCUACCCCCAUCAGGACUGCAUCCCCUCUCUGGAGCCAGGCAGCCACUCCAAGGACGGGCACAGGGGCGCACUGCUACCACCCCCCUUCCGCGUGGCUGAUUCCUAUAGCAACGGCUACAGAGAUCCCCCUGAGCCAGAUGGAUGGGCUGGAGGUCCCUCGGGGCUUCCUCCAACCCAGACCAAAUGCAAACAACCGAACUGCAGCUUCUAUGGACACCCAGAGACAAACAACUUCUGCUCCUGCUGUUACAGGGAAGAACUGCGGAGGAGGGAGCGUGAACCGGGUGGGGAGUUGCUGGUGCACAGGUUCUGAGGGGGAGCCCUGGAGGGCAAGGGGGGCUAAACAAAGAGAGUUAAGCUCAAAGAAUUAGCUCAUCAAGACCCAGCCCCCAUGCGGAUGGGGCAAAUGCAGUGAUGGUGGGAGCCUGGCUGGAAACUUUUGAAGUGUGUGUGCGCUGGAGAGCUGCCAGGCUGGGCAGGGCAGGUCAGGGCUGAACGGUGCCUGGAGGGCCUCGCUCAUCCUCAGUCCUGCUGGGACUGAGGAGGUACAAGGGGGAAAGGCGAUGCUUCUGUCUCAUAACUGCUUGGGUACACCCCAAGACCAAGGGAAACGAGGGGAAGGUUUAGUGUGUGGGGGUGGGGAGGCAGGCAGAGGUCCAGGGCAGGAGCAGGCAAAGGAGGUUCUCAGUCAAUAAAAGAGAAAACAGACCAAAGUUCUUGGAGGUUGGAAAAAAGCACAUGAUGGUGGAGUUGGGAGUGUGGAGGGAAACUGGGGAAUUAGAUUUGCUGUUGAAUUGAAUUAAGGUAGAAAUUAGGGUUGGAUCAAUUCUUCCUCCUGAAGGAUCUGGAAAGACAAGGCAGUAAUGUGUGCUCAAUGGGUGCUUAUUAGGAGGGGGGUUAGUUUACAUCCAUUUAUUGAGAUGGGAAAGGGAAGAAUUUAAAAGGGGAAUCCUUUUCCUCUCAAGUUUUAUUUCCUUCUAAACAGCCAUCUGUCAUCUGUUCUAGUUUGAGAGGAGAUUGCUGAUUGCCCUGUAUCUUUUGCUCAUCCUUUUUGAGGGCUGAGCUCAGCUAAGUUAAGAUUGUGAUUUUUUUUUUAAUGAUUUUAAUUUUAUUUAAAAAAAAAUGUUCCCUCAGGGGAAGGGAAGAGUGAUGAGAAGAACAGCUGUGUGGGCUGAAUCUUCUCCAGGUGAGUGGGUGCACAGGGGAUCUUUUGUAACUACUUAGCAAUAACCACACAUUGGGGUGUGAGUGCACCCUGGGAGGGGCAGGAGCAGGACAGACCUUUGGCCAGACUGUUUCAAACAAAACCAAAAACCUAAAUAGAGUACUACCAUCCUCUGCUGCUGUGUUUCUGUAGGAAGCAACUUAUCUUAACUGUUUUUUUUUUUUUUUUUAAGAAGAAACAAAACCCCAGUGAGCAAAAACAUUAUAAAAAAUGAUUUUUUUUUCUUCCUAUUUAAAUGAUUCUUUCUCCUUCCUAUCUACUUUUGGAGAAUGAACUUAACAUCCCGGCUUCUUUUGUUAAGCCAUAGCUGACCUUAAUCUGUGGUUAGUUUAUUAAAAUAAGACAAAAAAUACUUUGUAAGAAGACAUAUUUUUGAUAAUAGGAUUGAUGUUGAAACACAGGGGCAGUUUAUAAAAAGGUAGAGAAAUAUAUUUUAGUGAACUGUAACCACAGAUCACAUAUUACUCCCAAUGAGCUGAUCUGUCUUUGGGUUUCCCCCUUUCCCUGACUCAGGCCUUUUCCCCAGAGGGUGGGAAUGGGCCUAUGGACACAGAAUGGGGAGCUCCUUUGCAUUUUGCACAAAGCACAAGUCUGGACAGCCUUUACUCUGGCCAGCACCACUUCUAAGAGCUUUAAACUGGAGGACCUAUCCUGGGCCAAUUUUCCUUUUUCUUUCUUUCUUUCUUUCCUUCCCCACCCCCCCCCCCCCGGGGGGGGGGAAAUCAACUAUGCAAUUGUAUACACUCCUGGGUAACUAUGAAGAAGGGGAAUAAGUGUACUUAAGUUUUCAGAGUGUUAAUUGGGGCUGUUUUCCUGUAUGUGGAUUUCUCCUUUGAGGUAUGUACUCCUAACCCAUCUCAUGGAAUGUCAUCCCCACAUUUGCUCUAAACUGGAUGUGGGCUGGUUGUGUGUGUGUGUGUGUGUGUGUGUGUUGGGGACAUUUGUAAUUGCCAUAUGUUGCUUCUGCCCAAUCAGGAAAGUUGUCAUCCCAUUUCCCCCUUGGU